CAUGCACCCACCCUAUCGAGGCCAUAUAAGACGUUAGCCACUAACCACUGGUGCCACCCCCAUUCACAUUCACAUCUACUUUUAGCAAACGGCGGAGUGAGCGAAGCUCACAAGAGCCAAGGACAACGUCGGUCAUGUCGAACCCGGAGGGCAGCAGACCGGCACUGACAACGUGGUAUGACCGUAAAGAGUUUGUUAUGGUCGACUUCAACGUGGGAGAGAGUCGCGAUGUGAACGUGGAGUUCCAGGAUUACAAGAUCAUAUUCAGCUGCGUGGCUGGUGAUGACAACAUACGCUACUACAAUGAGAUCGACCUUUAUGAGAAGCUCAUACACUUGGACUGUCGUUUCAAGGUCUUUGAUCGCCACAUUCACUGCACGCUGAGGAAGGCCAAAGGGGCGAUUGAUUGGAUACGUCUCACCAAAGACAAAGAAAAGCCCCCCUGGCUGAGCACCGACUUCGACAACUGGCGGGACUGGCGGGAAGAGAAUGACGAGGGGAUGGCGCGCUACGUCGACUUCCAGAAGACGCUCAAAGAGAUAACAAACAAAAACAGGGUAGUUCCGACAAUGGAUGAUUUGGACGAUGAUGAUGAAGAUGUAUUAUCGACACAGGCUUCAGAUGAGUUCCCUGAUCUUCCAAAGUUGGAGUGAGACUGGGAUGAAAAGAAAUCUGAAAUCGAGGACUUGAGGUGUUUGGGGGAGUCAGAAGUUGGUUGUGGGGAUUAGGCUAGAGGAAGUGGAAUGAGAACAAUGAAUUUUGUCCACGAUUCUACCUGUGUGCUCAACGCUGAACAGCUUUGUGUGAAGUCAAAAUGUCUCUCAGUGACAACUGGAAAGUAUAUAUCUCUGUGUUUUAGGUCCUGCUACAAAUAACGGUUGAAUAUGUUAACAUCUGAUAUGUAAAUAGAGUACGUUAAUAAAUUUAUACGUAAAAAUGCAUACCAGAAGUGUUUUUUUUUAUGUACUACAAUAAGUGUUGUGGUAUGAAUACGUGUUUUUAAAUACUAUUAGAUAUGUGUACACCACAUAUGCAAACGUGAAGGGAGUACUUGCCUUCUGUUGUGUGGAGCAAUAUUUUUCUUACUGUGAUUAAUUUAAAGUCCCGCUGUAAUUAAAUACACCUUCGGUUUACAUGAAUCGUCAUAUACAUUCUUCA